CCUUGGGAUUCCACUCCAGUUCCGAGAUUUCAGUCAGGUCUCCUGUCCUGAAUCCUGAUACUGCCGUCUCCGUAACGGGAAGUAGUUCUCUAGGUCGUCCCUAGCUGCUUAGAACACCACGCUUCGGAGCCGCGCCGUCCGGAUGUGCUUGUGGUCUGGCACACUUUCGGCUCACGCGCUAGGCGUAUUACAGUUUGUCAGUGGUGUACCUAGUCGCUGACCAUUGGCUGAGGAAAUGGACCAAUCAGAGGCGAAGGAUGCUGCAGCGGCGAUCGUCGCUCCGGGGACGGUGGCAGGCGACGGAACGGCGACGGAAUCGACGGUCGCAGACGCCAGCAGCUUCGGAUUGCCGUUCAUCUUGAAUUACUGGAAGGAGUUCGACCUGGAGAGCGCACGGACGUCACUGGACGAGCAAGGGUUGAAGAUUGCCGAGAACCAGGAGGCGAGCACCAAGAACCGGCGGAAACUAGCAGAGUCAACGAGGGACUUCAAGAAAGCAUCCAAGGACGAGCAGAGCAAGCUGUUUGUCGCGCUGCUGAAAGCGUACCAGGAGGAGGUGGAUAACCUCACCAAGCGCGCCAAAUUCGCUGAGGCUGCCUUCCUGGGCGUCUACCAGAAGCUCUACGAGGCUCCGGAUCCCGUUCCAUCCCUUGCAUCUGCUGCUGAGGUGGCAGCGAACGCUGCUGAGCUGGCGGCGGAGAACCGGCGCAUGCACGCUGAGCUGGAGGAGUUCCGGUCUGAGUCAGCGCACCUCAAGAACCAGCAGGCCACCGUGCGGCGGCUUGAGGAGAGAAACAGACAGCUGGAGCAACAGAUGGAGGAGAAGGUGAAGGAGAUGGUGGCGAUGAAGCAGCACGUGCUGGCAGAGGAGAGCCAACGAAGCAUGGAGACACUCAAGUCAAGGGAGGACGCUCUCCAGGACCAGCUGAGGGCAGCGAGGGAGACAGUGAGCAACAUGCAGCGGCUGCAUGAGAUGAGCCAGUCGCAGCUGUUUGAACUCAAAGCGCAGUCAGAGGAGGACCGUGCAUUGAAGCAGGGCGAGAUGAACCUGCUGACAGACGAGGUGGAGAGGGCACAGGCCAGGCUGCUGGCGCUGGAGAGAGAGAAGGAAGCUCUCAAGGCGCAGCUGCAUACAGCACAGCCCAACGAAGCUGCAGCCAAUGGCGACAGCACGGACAGCAGUGGGGCGGUGGGGUGGGAAGCAGCAGUGAGGGCAAAGGAGGCGGUGAUAGCAUCGCUGCACCAGGAGCUGCAUGCUCUGGAAGCAGCAGGGGCGGCAGAGAGGGAGGAGCAGAGGACGGAGAUGAAACAACUCAAGGCGCAGCUGCAAGACAAGGAGUUGUCACUAGCAGCAGUGAGGGCGGAACUGGCGACGAGGCCCACCCAGAAGCAGUGGGAGGACCUUCGCAAGCAAGUCAAGAUUUUGCAGGCUGUGGGUUAUAAUGCAGUGGAAGUGGACGACUGGGAUGAACCGGGCAUGGCAUCCAACGGUCUAGGAUCGUCCUUGAACCUCUCUGCUGCUGCUGAGGGCGACAGUGUAAAGGGGGGAGGAGGAGUGGGGAUGGUGAGCAGCAACAGUGGGAGCGACAUUGGCAAGCUGGAAGCUUUGCUUCUGGAGAAGAACAAGAGGAUAGAGCACGAGUUGACCCAAGUCAAGAUGCGUCUGAGUGAGAGGGAGGAGGAGUGGGAGCAGCAGAGCGCAAGGAUGCGUCUGAGUGAGAGGGAGGAAGAGUGCGCGCAGGAAAAAGCCAAGGUAGCAACGUUGGAAGCCACAGUAGCAGAGCAGAAGACCCUAAUUGGGAAGCUGGAGGAUGACAUUCUCAAGGGCUAUGGUGCCAGGGACAAGCACCGGGCGGCAUCGGUCGGCAGUAUUGUCUCGAUACCCGGUGCAGCGGGCGGCAGCGGUGGCAGUGAUGGUGGCGGUACAGGUGGCAGCAGCGGGCUGGUGGAUGCUGAUUCGGUGCUGAUGGUGGUGUGUGGGCAGCGGGACAGAUUCCGGCAACGAAUGGGAGAGCUGGAAGAGGAGCUGCGAGCAGAGAGGGAGAGGAGCAGCAAGCUAGUGGCAGAGUUGGAGCGGUUGAAAGCCGACAACGUGAAGCUGUACGAGCGCAUGCGAUACGUGCAGGACUACACUAGUGCGGGAGGGGAUAGACCCAACUCCAGUCGGUCAAGGAAGGGUGACAUAGAGGCGGGCCCAGCAGAGGACGUGGAGAGCAAGUACAAGAAGAUCUACGAGGACACCAUCAACCCGUUUGCUGCUUUCUCCACCAAGGAAAGAGAGCAGCGGGUGAGGGAGCUGGGGCUAAGGGACCGCAUCACUCUCACCGGCGGCAGAUUCCUGCUUUCAAACAAGUACGCGCGCACGUUUGUCUUCUUCUACGCCAUCGGCCUGCACAUCCUCGUGGCUCUCAGCAUGUACCGCCUCUCCAGCCUCAGCCAUGCCAGGAUAAAGUUUGACGAGUCAGAACUUCCUUCGAAACACUCACUUUUGAGUGCCGCAUUGAGGUCUCGCAAUGCCACAUAUGGCGGAGGGUUUUCGUCCAACUGAGAACCAUGGAAGUUGUGAAUGUCAUUAUGGAAGUUUUGUACGUGUACAUUACAUUUCAUGGUUUAGAAUCCUCUCAGCAUUAUUAGGGCCCGUUCCAAAAAUGUUCAUGAUACACUUUGUAAUCACAAUGGCUUUGCUUCUGCUAUUGAAUGUGAUAUUCCUGACGU